AUGAAACAAAGAGCAAAGGUUUGGCUGGGCAUGAUAAAGUCUGGCUACUGGUCGCCCAUUGUGAUCGUCUCUGUUAUGGUGAUCCUCGCAAUUGCCACUGGCGUCUCACCGAAGGAGGGCACCAUUUCUUACUGGAAGUGCGCUGUCCUCUUCACGGAAGAGAUGUUUCUCAACUGCAUGGGCAUCUUUGUUACGCUGGCUGCCUUCCUGAAGAUUCGCCGGCUAAAGUUCACUAUUCCCUCACAACAGAGCAAUACUGACGAGUUUCAGUUAUACAUUGCCUUCUUCUUUACUGUUAAUUACUUGGUCGCAACCGUGGCCCUGACCAGCUACUUGCAACGCAACACUGACUCCCCGGUGAGUUUUACUACCCGCCUAGGCAUAAGUCUCCUUCGACUACAGUAG